AUGGCCCGGGCGCGCGCGGCCGUAAGCUUGGAAGAAAUCGGGGCAGAGGAGGGCCUCCUCUUCCGGCACACGGCCAAUGGGGCGAAGCUAUUGGAGUGUCCCGGUGCCGAUAGUUCUGGCAUCGCGGACAAACUAGUGGCGACGCUCCGCGUGGCGUUGCCGGAGGAAGAGGUGCGCGUGCACAGGCCGGUGAGGAUGGCCGAGAUUAGGAUCACCGGCCUGGACGACUGCGCCACCAAGGAGGAGGUGGUAGCUGCGAUAGCGGCCCAGGGGAGAUGUGCCCCAGAGAGCGUGACCGGACUUAACUUUCUAAUUAUUACGCUGUACGCGUUCUCGUAUUUGAAAAUUACAAGGCAAUCAAUCACCGGUGUCACGUACAUGGAUCAUUUCGAUUUCGAGGAUAGAUACAGAGACGUUUACGAAUGCGACCCGUUCUACUGGCACCCGUUGCAUUUACCGGAACGUUGUGCUCGAAUGUUCGAGAAAUUAAUACGAUCUAAAAUCGUUUCACGGUCGCCCGUCCGAAUUCUAGCUGAAGCCAACGACUUUCAUUUAGGCGACCGCUCAAGAGACAAUUCCGAAUUACCUCCAUACGAAAUGAUGUUAGAAUCGUUGAAAAAAGAUGUCGUGAGUCACCCUCGAGCGCCGACCAUAGGAAUGGUGCCAAACGUAGGACCUGUUGCCAUUUACAAGCAGCCGAUUUCGAGGACUAGUGAAAAUUUAAUUAAGCGUAUCGGUGGAAUGUACGCUAAGACCGGCAAUUACUAUGAUGGUUCGGGGGCGUCUUUCGGCCAGAUCGACAUUAAAGGUAAUGGGGUAAAGACGAAAAAAGAUAGUGAGCUACACAACGAUCACGGUAUGAGCAUUCAAAACGAAAGUCAGAAAGAAAAUCUAAAGGAAAUUUUCAAAAACCCACAAUUAGUGAAAUUACUGAAAUCGAAUUAAACACGCAGCUAAGUAGUGUUUGUUUAACAAAAUGGAAAUUGAAUGUUUAAAUGAAUGAGAUUAUGCUCGACCAAAAAAAAAAUCGCUACGAAACUGUAUGGAAUUAGC